UAUUACAGGGCACAGUCACAGGGGUCCACAGCGACGAGCCUAAAACUGUGCUGUAGUGGCUGAACAUCUUUUUCCCAGUCCUCAGGGGAGCGUGUCACUGAAACAGCGUCAUCAUGCCUAAAGCCUCAGUGCCAGUUCAACAGAAGACCAAUGAUGAGUUGCGGGCCUUUGCAGAGAAGAUCUUUGCGUCUGAAACCAAAGAUGAGAACAUCCGUGAUGAAAUCUCCAUGUUUGAUGUGUCUGAUGACUGUCCUAUCAUCCACAAUGAGAUGGCCCAUCAUCUGCACACUGAUGAUAAUAUGGAGAAACGGAAAAAGAGGUGUCAGCGCCUCUGGACCAUGGCCGUGUCUGCAGCUGCUGUCCAGGCAGCUUCUGCCCCUGUAGAGGUGGUGGCAGCAGACAAACCCACGUACCUGGAAGUACCUGACUUCCAGAGAGUGGCUAUCAUUGGAGACUACGCGGCCGGGGUGACCAUGGAUGACUUUGAGCUGUCCUGUAAGGGUCUGUUCAGAGCCUUGUGUAUCAGAGAGAAGUAUAUGAGGCUGGCCUACCAGCGAUUCCCACGUACAGCAUCAGAGUAUAUAGCUGAAAUUGGGGGAGAGACAUUCAGGGUUGAAGACCAACUGCAGCCAGUGUUCACGCCUCCUCCAAAGGAUGGGGAAGAUCCUUUCGAUACCAAAAGUCUGCCAGAGAACCUAGGCUAUGUUGCUCGUAUAAAGGAUGGUGUCAUCUGCAUAUACAAUGAUCAUGCAGCUGCAGACAAACAUCAGCCCAAAGACCUGCCCUGCCCCGACUACCCCACAUUCAUCGAUGACAUGAACUUCCUCAUUGCUCUCAUCGCCCAGGGCCCCACUAAGACUUACACUCACCGACGUCUGAAGUUCCUCAUGUCCAAGUUUAACGUGCAUGAGAUGCUGAACGAGAUGGAGGAACUGAAGGAGCUGAAAAAAAAUCCCCACAGGGAUUUCUACAAUUGCAGGAAGGUAGACACCCACAUCCACGCUGCUGCCUGCAUGAACCAGAAGCACCUCCUGCGCUUCAUCAAGAAGUCCUACCGCGAGGAUGCAGACCGCGUUGUGCACAAAGUGCAAGGAAAGGAAGUCACCCUGAAAGAAGUCUUUAAGUCUCUGAACCUGCACCCCUAUGACCUCACCGUGGACUCUCUGGAUGUGCACGCCGGAAGGCAAACGUUCCAACGUUUCGACAAAUUCAAUGCCAAAUACAAUCCUGUGGGAGCCAGCGAACUUCGUGACCUGUACCUGAAGACUGAGAACCACAUCAAUGGAGAGUACUUUGCCACCAUCAUCAAGGAAGUAGCCAGUGACCUAGAGGAUGCCAAGUACCAGUAUGCUGAGCCUCGCCUGUCCAUCUACGGCUGCGAUGCCAAUGAGUGGAACAAACUUUCCAGCUGGUUUGUUAAGCACAGAGUUUACUCUCCAAACCUCAAAUGGAUGAUUCAAGUACCCAGGAUCUAUGACAUCUUCAGAAGCAGGAACUUUGUGCCCCACUUUGGCAAAAUGUUGGAGAACAUUUUCCUUCCCGUGUUCCAGGCCACCAUCGAUCCACAAUCCAACCCAGACCUCAGCAUCUUCCUUAAACAUGUGACAGGUUUCGACAGUGUGGAUGAUGAGUCCAAGCACAGUGGUCAUAUGUUCUCCACUAAGAGCCCCAGGCCCGAGCAGUGGGACAUCGCCAAGAACCCCUCCUACACCUACUACAUCUACUACAUGUAUGCCAACAUCGCUGUACUCAACCAGCUCCGAAGACAGAGGGGGAUGAACACAUUUAUGUUCAGGCCUCACUGUGGUGAGGCUGGUGCCAUCACACAUUUGCUGGCUGCUUUCAUGACUGCCGACAACAUAUCUCACGGACUCAACCUUAAGAAGAGUCCUGUACUGCAGUACCUGUACUACCUGACCCAGAUUCCCAUCGCUAUGUCCCCUCUCAGCAACAACAGCCUGUUCCUGGAAUAUGCCAAAAACCCUCUGCUGGAAUUCCAAAAGAAAGGCCUGAUGGUUUCUCUGUCUACUGAUGAUCCGAUGCAGUUUCACUACACCAAGGAGCCCCUGAUGGAGGAGUAUGCCAUUGCAGCUCAAGUCUUCAAGCUGAGUACCUGUGACAUGUGUGAGAUCUCCAGGAACAGCGUGCUGCAGAGCAGCUUGUCUCACGAGGAGAAAAUCCACUUCCUGGGUGAAGACUACCUGAAGGAGGGCCCAGAGGGCAACGACAUCCGGAAAACCAAUGUGGCCCAGAUCCGUACGGCCUAUCGUUAUGAGACCCUGCGCUAUGAGCUCAAUCUUAUCAAGGAGGGCAUGAAAACUGAGUAAAUGUGCAA